AUGGUGAGCAUACUCCACCACCCCUUUUUCUGCUUGGCAGCGCUACUGUUGGUGGGCAGCGUCCAGGCAGCGUCGUCGUCCGUCUUCCUGCAGUCGUCUGCAAGCGUGAGCGCAAACGCCACCACCACGUCCUCCUCUCUGGGCCCGGCGAUGAUCACGGUGCCCGUGAUGAGCGGCGACUUUCUGGCGUACAACAUCAUCGUCACCGACAACGUGGGCCAGGAGAUCUCCGUGCUGUUGGACUACAUGCAGCCGCACGUGUGGUUCGUCAACGCGGAGGAGAUCUUGAACUGCUCGGCCAUCUACCCGAUCUACCAAAGCUUCAAUUUCACCAACUGCUACAACGAUGGCGCGUACACGCCGUUGACCACGGUUUCCGUGCCCACCACGCUCUCUCUCAAUAUCACGUACCCAUACGGCUACUACGGCAGCGGGUACUUUAUGAACUCCAACUUCUCGCUCGACACCGUGGACGCCGAAGGCUCGGGCAACGGAUCCGUGGCCCUCGACGGGCUCCUGUAUCUUUUGGCGGACGACACCAACCUGUUCCAGGGAGGCUUUGGCUUGGCCGGGCCGGUGCAGGGCGGCGGCGUGCUCGACACCUUGAAGUCGGACGGCCGCAUCUUGUGCAGCAGCUUCUCGGCGUUCUACUACAACCGCAGCGUGGCGGACGUGUGCGGCUAUGUGCUUUUGGGCGCGGUGGACCAGAACUUGUAUGUGGGCGACUUGUACGUGUUCCCGCAGAUCCCGCACGAGGGCUGGGGUGACGACAACGCCAUCCUCCCGAUCUUGCAGUUGGACUCCAUCGAGCUCGAGAACCCCGACACGCAGCAGGUGGCGGACUUGUACGAGGACGGGCCCGUGGCCGUCGUGCUUGACCCCACGUUGAUCUACUCGUACUUGCCGCGGGCCGUGAUCAUCAGCCUCGCGCUCCAGACAAACGCGUACUUCACGGCGGAAUACGACACGUGGCUCGUCAACUGCUCUGCGGUCGACGACAUCGACGCGUCGGUCAACUUCGAGUUCGGGCCCUUGUCCGUGCAGGUGCCGCUCAGCUCCAUCGUGCAGCCCAGCCUCUACACCAACUUGACCUUCUCCGACGGCCUGGACGCGUGUGUCUUCAACAUCGCGCCCGCGGACUUGCUCGGAUACAACGCCUUCGGCACGUCCUUCCUCCUGAACAUCUACAUGGCCAUGGACAACGAAGGGGGCCUGAUUGCCGUGGCAAACGCCAACACGGAUUUCACGCCGCAGGCCCUGGCCCUGGGCCACGCUGCGCAGAACAGCUCCACGGCGGCGUACAUCGAGUCGGACUACAUUCCCUUUGCCACGAACGCCACGGUCUCCAGCGACUUGACCUUAACUUUCGGCACGCAGAACUUCUCGGCCAUGUACUCGGACCCGGGCCUCCUCACCAACGUGGUGAUCAGCUCGGGCCACGUGUACUUAUCGCAGAAGCCCAGCCACACCAGCUCCGCGGCCGACAGUGCCAGCGCUGCAGACGCAAAGUCGAUGUCGGGAGGAGCGGGCUCCUUGAACGAACGGGCCAGGACCAGCAGCCUCGUGCUAUACGGGGUGUUGCUACUAGGCGGGAUCAUGGGACUCGUGUUCAUGUGA